AUGGCCUUGUGGAGCUGUUGGUGGGCAGCCCGGGCAGGAGCGUGGAGCAGGAGGGGCCUGGCCAGCCGCAGGUGUCGCACCCCUGUGCCCGAAGGAUGGCUCCUCAGGCCCUCCCGUGUCUUGCAGAACUUCGAAGCAGCGGUGCGGGAGAAUGUCACCAUUAACGGGCAGCCCUGGGGGGAGACGUCGGAUGAGUCCGAGCUGCAGAGCGGUUCCAACAUCAAAAUUCUUGAAGAUCAAUUUGAUGAACUAAUAGUGGAGACAACAACAAAGCGUAAGCAGUGGCCUAGAAAGAUACUGAUGCAUGCUGUCCAGACUAUGAAAGCAGAGCAAGAGAUGCUGAAACUCUACCAGCCUCUUGUAACACCAGAAGAGAUAAGAGCCCAGCCUUCUCAAGAUGCUUACAUCACGGAUCUGAAGCAGGUGACAGAGAUGGCAUCCAAACAGAUCAGUGGAGCAAUGAAGGCUCUCCCCGUGCUACUAGAAAGAGCAGAAGGUUUUUCUCAAGUGUUAACUCGGCAACCAACCUUGGAACUCUGCAAGCUGCAGCAAGAGGUCUUUGCUGGUUGCAAGGCAAAGGAGGAAAAUAAUGUCCAAAAUUUUUUAUCACCAGGAGAAGUUACACCAACAGACGCUAAUACCAGUAAAAAUCCUUAUGUUUUGCUGAAAAGAAAAAAAGCUGUAAGUUCACCAGAAAGAAGACGCUACCCACUUCGACGGAGAAAGAUUACUCUCACCGCUUGA